GUUUAGCAGCCUUUGAUGGCACAGCAUGGGCUGUGCCACUCUUCACGUGCCAUUGUCCGAAAGUCAAUCUGCACGCCGAAAAGCCAGGAAAACGAACGGCCCGUCGAGGAAUCCAUCUUGCGCCUAUCGUUAACCUUUGCACAACAGUACAUAUAACUCAGCAGAAAUGGCAGACCCAAACGUUGUGGCAAGACAGUUUGUUGAUUACUACUACCAGACCUUUGACACAAACCGAGGGAAUUUGACUGGUCUUUACAGAGAUAUGUCCAUGUUGACAUUUGAGGGCCAACAAUUCGCAGGAGCCAAGAACAUUGUUGAGAAGCUUACCGGCCUUCCAUUCCAACGCGUCGUCCACAAAGUCUCGACUUGUGACGCACAACCUGGAGGUCCCCAACAAAGCAUCUUGGUGACUGUCACUGGACAAUUGCUUAUUGAUGAGGAAACACAGCCACAGUUCUUUUCUCAAACAUUCCACUUGUACCCUGAAGGGAACAGCUUCUUUGUGUACAACGAUGUGUUCCGUCUCGUCUUGGGAAUGUAAAAACGACCCAAUACUGGACACAGAUUCUAAUAUACAUUCUACUGCCUGCUACUCGCGUACUUUGGCUAUAUUUGGCUGAAUUGGAAAGAGGAUGUGUAUUUGACCCAUUACAGAUCCUGUGUUCACCGCGAAUCGUCACGAAGUCUGGCAUAGUUCAAUGCCCACAGUUACCCACUUCAUCU